AUUCACAUCACUAAUGUAAAUACUAUUUGACGUUUUGCGCAUCAGCUGGACAAUUCUUGCAUUGAAGGACUAUUAAAAUAAUAGAAUAUUAAAAAAACACGAAAAGGUUACAAAGUACGAAUCAAGUAAAAUAAUGUAAGUUCUAGAUUUUAUCUUCAUCAUUUUCUUGGCAUCUCUAAAAUGAUUCAUGAAGUGCUGUUGUCCUGUCUCAACUUGCAAUCGAAACGCUUGUCGUUGGAAGAUUUUACAGAACCAGAUGUUACUGCUUUCCUUCAUCCUUGUGAGAAACAUGUGCUGCAGGAUAUUGUAACCAUCAUAAAUCUAUUGCGGGAUAUAGAAAAAUUUGCUAAAGUAUGUGGGAGCAAUAAUAUUUGCAAUCGUAUGGUAUUAAUAUUCGAUACAGAUGAGCCUCUACAAAAGGGGCUUUACUUAAAAGCAUUCGCAAAUGGCAUCGAUACAGUUUUAAAGGAUUAUUUUGCAGAAAUUACCGCCCUUGAAAAAAGCUACAUACAAAAUCCAACAAAUUUCUCACUCCUUUACAUUUAUCGCAAUUUGAAAAAUUAUGAACCAUUAGCGCUUUAUUUGCGCAAACUUAUAAGGGUAAUACGCACCCAGAAACUACAUGGCUGUGAAAUAAUGCAGUUCUUGCAUCAAAACGCUGAACAUGGUGAUCAGAAAAUAAGGGCAGCUAUUAAAACCCUUCAACUCGCAGUAAAUGUAGUAUUCUUCAAACAACUUACUCAUUGGAUACUGUAUGCGAAGAUAAUUGAUACCUACGGCGAAUUUUUCAUACAAUGCUCAGAAGGCCAUAGCAAUAGUGCAGCAGAAAGUGAAACCAGCAAAUGUGCCAGCACGGAAAGUGGAAAACAUGCCAGCACCAUAACUACGCUUUCAAAAGUGGCCAGUACCUAUGCGGAUAUUUGGCGCUAUGAAAUAUGCUACGAGCUACUGCCUCACUAUUUGCCAACGGGUUGGGCUGAAAAGGUACUAUUUAUUGGACAGACUAUACUCAUAUUUAAAGCAGACGCCAAUAAACACAAGAAUCUCACACAAAACUGGAAUAAAACCGAACACACUGAUUUGGAAGAUGGCAGUUCUCUGAGCAAUGAAAAGGAGCAUAUCUACUUUGGCAAGAUACAAAUGCUACAAAAUGAUGAAGAAUUGAAUGUUCAACACUAUGAAAGUAUUGUUAAUGAAAUUAAAACAUAUGUGACUACGCGAUUAUCUGAAAUUGCUAUCAAUCAGGCUGAUUUGGUGCAACAGUUGAAGCUAAUGAAGGAUUUCUUCCUCCUAGGACGUGGUGAGCUAUUCUUGGAGUUCUUACGCCUCACAUACAUAAUUGGCAAAGAUAAAUAUAAUGAAAAUAAAGUGCAUGACUUUGUAAAAGCAUUUGAAUCAGCAGCGCACGGUGUCGGUGUUUCUGAGGAUUUGGAGCGGUUCUCUUUGAGUAUCGCAAAACCGCUGAUGCAAGGGGGUAGCUCCAAGGAGUUGGAACACAAUUACUUGCAGUACAUGCAGCUUAAUUACAAAAUUAAUUGGCCAUUACAUUUGUUGUUUUCGCCAAAGGUCAUCGAGAAUUACAACGUACUAUUUCGCUUUCUACUCUUGAUUAAGAAAAUUCAGUUUGAACUUCAUAUGUUAUGGAGCAAUAAUGUGCGUCGCUCAAAGAGGAACACAACUCACAAUAUACACUUAACAAAUCUGUUAAACCAAUUAAUGUUUUUUAUCGACAACUUGCAAUAUUACAUACAAGUCGAUGUACUGGAGAGUCAAUUCAGCAUUCUUUUAAAUACAAUACUUAACAAAGCCGACUUUGAGGAGAUUCAGAAGGCGCAUAGCAUUUUUUUGGCGAAUAUACUUUCGCUUUGCUUUUUAUUGACGAACGAAGAUACUAUGAAAUUAAAUAUAAAUCAAUUUAUAAUCUCACAGUCGAAUAAUCCAAUUUAUAACAUACUUAUCGAUGUUUUUAACUUGUGCGAUAACCUUUGUAUGAUUUUAAGACAAGAGCUGUCUGCGGCGAAAAACAAGGAUCACAUAGAUAAACUCGAUGAGCGUUUUGGAGUUUUAAUGGAUCAAUUAAUCAAUUACCUAAUUGCUUUCAAAACAAACCCAACUACAACGCCAUUGUCACAACUGCUACUGCGUUUGGAUUUCAACCACUGGUUUAGCACAAAGAAAAACCAAACAUUUGCAUAAAAAUGCAGAGCUUCUGCUAAAUAUCUCUUGAAUUUCAUUUAGUUUUACAAAUAUGUAUUAUAGUUUUUUAAAACUUGUUUGAAUUAUAUAUAUGUCCGAAAAAG